GAAUCAUAUUUUUAAAAUAAAAGUGCCACCUCAAACACAUCGGCCAAGCAGAAAAACUUAUUGGCCAAUGCCGAUAUUUGAAAAAUGACAAAUAUCGGCCGAUAUAUCGGUCGACCACUACUGUAUUGCAUGAUAAAAGCAUUAGCAAUUAAUCGCAAAAAUUGAAUUCCUUUCAUAUGGAUAUAGCACCUUGUAAUGCCUCUUUGUGAGUUUUAUGACUAUAAAACGUCAGUUGCUGUUAGAUGGGGCAAACAUGUUGAAAAUGACGUGGCUUUUUACAGUAGAGUUCUCAAAACUGUUAACAGAGUUAUGAAAUUAUUAAAAAUAUAUAUUAAACAAAAAAAUUAGCAUAUUUAAAUAUGGCUGUAAAAUUCUGGAACUAUACCAGGCUAAAAUAAAGAAGGGGGCAAUAAGUUAAUACAAAUUUAACACUGCAAAUAAAUGUGAUUUUUAUGUAUUUUAAUUGAUAGUUUGUUGAAAUCUGACAUGCACAAAUGACAAGCUUAAGAACAUGCAUUGUUCAGAAUGAUCAAUUUUAUAUUUGCAGAUCAAGUUCUUGCAAAAUGUCAACAUUAUUAAAUACUGUACGUCUAAAGUCUUGUGGUCUGUCACCAGAACUCACUAAUGUAAUUCAGACUGCUAUCGCUCCUGGUCAGAGGUGUUAUUUUAUAUUCACUGUUAUUUAUUAAAGUUUAAUGGUGCAGCACUUUAAGUAUUUAACAUUUCAUGAAUUUGUAAAUUGCUCCCUCCCAGGGGAGAGGGUUUCUUAACCAUGGUCUGUCAAGUACAUUGUGAACACAUCCAAAAUUAGCAGUGUCUGAGUAGCAGGGCUCAGAAACACUCUGCUUUAAUAGAUUCAGAUCUUACUAAAACAAAUGCAAGAAUUAAGGCAAUACAGCAUGUCGUUCUUCCAGAAGAUUAGAUGUUUCUUUAAGAGGCAGAUUUCUAGAGUUCAGAUGACAUUGAGCGGAUUUCUUUGGUACAAAUGGACACGUGACUCACCUGCUAUCAUGCUUUCCAGAGCGGCCACCACGGCUGGGGUCACAGCUCACAAGAUCAGUAAAUGCAUCACCUUUCUCGCCAAUGAUGUCACUGGGACUCCCGCGGCUUCUGUGUCACCUGCUCAACCUAAACCCAUAUUGUUGUUGCUGCCAUGGCUGGGCUCCAAACCGCAGGCCAUUGCCAAGUACUGUGAUAUUUACUUUCGCACAGGCUUUGAUGUGCUUGUCGUGGAAAGUGAGGUGAGCCAGUUCUUGUGGCCCCGCUGGGGGUUGGAGUAUGGUGGUCAUGUGCUGGAAUUAUUAGAGAGUGAGCGCUUCUCACAGCGCCCCCUGCUGGUCCAUGCUUUCUCCAUAGGUGCAUACACAUUUUCUCAGGUGCUUGUUCAUGUGGCCAAUGACACACAGCGUUACCAAGGCCUGACAAACAGAAUCAGGGGUCAAAUCUACGACAGCCUUGUCAUGGGAUCGCUGGAGCAUAUGGCCAACGGUCUGGGCAAAACCAUAUUUCCCCGGAUGGAAGGUCUCGUGAAGUCCACUAGCCUUCUCUACUUUCGUGUCUUCAAAAAUCAGACGGUUGGCUACUUCAGCUCAGCGAUCAAUGUUUUCUGGAACACUCCUGUGACGGCACCUUCUCUUUUUUUCUACUCUGAAAAUGAUGCACUGUGCGAUUACGAGAGCUUGGAGAAGAUGGUGGAGUUCUGGAGGAGCCAUGGCCUAAUUGUUGAGAGCAAGAAGUGGAAAGAGUCGGUUCAUGCAGGUCACCUGCGCACACACCCUCAGGAUUAUCUGUCCACACUGGAGAACUUUGUGCAGUCUCUUAACAUGGUGCCUCUGAAGGCCAAAAUGUGAAUUCUGAAGGCUGUCACUUGUCUCAUUAAACGUCUAAGUUGGCUGAA